AGAAAUCCUCCGACCAAACCCGACCAAUCAUCUUCCCCGACAUCAACCCCCAGAGCUUACCGCUGGACGCAGACUUCUCCAUGGUAGCCGGGGACUUCGUGGAGGUCUACCGGGACUCAGAUUCCUGGGACUGCGUGGCGACCUGCUUCUUCAUCGACACGGCUCACAACGUCAUCGAGUACGUGGAGACGAUCUGGAAGAUCCUUAAACCCGGAGGAGUCUGGAUCAACCUGGGUCCACUGCUGUACCACUUUGAGAACAUGGCCAAUGAGCUCUCAGUGGAACUUAGCUACGAAGACAUCCGGACCGCGAUCGUUAACUUCGGCUUCCACAUAGAGGUGGAGAAGCCGUCGGUCCAGACGUCGUACACGGAGAACGACCGCUCGAUGCUGAGAUACGUCUACGACUGCGUCUUCUUCGUGGCACGCAAACCUGCAGAACUGUACUUUAACGCAGCAGCAGAAGAAGACGAAGAAGAAGAAGAAGAAGAAGAAGACCGGAAACAGAGCUUGCCGCCGGUCGCAAAGUCGCCGCGGCGAGAAGGUGCC